ACUUGCUUUGGAGCGGUGCAGCUCCUCAUGAGACGGAGCAUGCACCUGCAGAAAGGGAACACAGCUCAGAGCAUUUGUUUUCACAUGAUUCCGCUCAGGUCUGAUGAUGACUUAAAAUAAACUGGCAUAAAGGGCCCAAACACUACAGGUUGAAAGGCGGGACUUCCUCCGAGCACAACCGAAACCGGUCCGGGCUGUUUAUCUCUCCGCGUGAAGCAGCGCAGGGAUCGAGCCAAUAGUGUUGGGUUUGAUUACAAGGUUGGAUCAUUACACAUCACACCAUGCUGGGCUGCUCACAACAUAGAAGCUGUCGUCCUAUUUUUUGCCUCUGGGUGUUGCUUCUGCCCCUGGUCUCCUCACAUCGUCUGAACCACCGAACCAAGCUGCUGCUCGUGUCCUUCGAUGGCUUCCGCUGGGACUACAUUGACCGUGUCCCGACACCUAACUUCCGUAGCAUCAUGGAUGAGGGGGUGAAGGUGGAGUACGUGGAGAAUGCUUACAUUACUAAAACCUUCCCCAAUCAUUACAGUUUGGUGACGGGGCUGAAUGCUGAGACACAUGGCAUCGUGGCCAAUGAGAUGUACGACCCUGCUCUAAACCUGUCCUUUUCUAUGGAGACGGACAGCAUUUAUGAUUCAAGGUGGUGGGAUGAGGCUGUGCCUCUCUGGGUGACCAUUCAGAAAGCAGGAGGGCGGAGCGGAGCAGCAAUGUGGCCGGGGUCUGAUGUGAAGAUCCAUGGCAUGUUUCCCUCUCAGUACCUUGAAUACAAUGCCUCCGUGUCUUUCGAAACCAGGGUGCAGCGGAUUAUUGAGUGGUUUUCUGCUCCCAAUGGAGAAGCGGUGGAUUUUGGAGUUCUUUAUUGGGAGGAGCCGGAUGAAAGUGGACACUUGCUGGGACCUCAAAGCCCCCUCAUGGAUGAGGUAAUUGCGGGAAUUGAUGAGAAGCUCGGUUUUCUCAUGAAUGAGCUGAAGAAGGCUGGGUUGUUUGAGAAAGUAAACCUUAUUGUGACCAGUGACCACGGGAUGGCACAGCUUUCCCCCGAAAAGAUCAUAGAACUAGAUGAGUAUGUGGACAGAGACUUGUACACCUGGGUGGAUAAGAGUCCAGUGGUUGGAAUCCUGCCCAAAGAAGGAAAGCUGGAUGAAGUGUAUGGUCUGCUCAUGGAUGCAAACCCAAACAUGAUUGCAUACAAGAAGGAGAACAUCCCCGAACGCUUUCAUUAUCAACACAAUAUCAGGAUCAUGCCCAUCCUCUUAGAAGCCAAGGAGGGCUGGACCAUCAUGCAGAACAGGACCGGACAUUUCAUGUUGGGAAACCAUGGCUAUGAUAACACUUUACGGAACAUGCAGCCUGUGUUUGUGGCCCGUGGUCCGGCCUUUCGGCAGAAUUAUGUCAAGGACUCCAUUCGCUCCGUUGACCUUUACCCUCUCAUGUGCCACAUCCUGUCUAUUCAGCCUCUACCAAACAACGGCUCCCUCCUUAACAUUCAGGACCUCCUGUCCUCAGAGCCAACUGCUGCCACGCCCACUCCAUCCCAUUCACCUAUUCCUCCUAACGUCAAUGGAUACUCCUACGCUCCGGUCGUGGGUUCAUUCAUCGGUGUGGUUAUGGUUCUGUGCUUCCUGGUGGUCUAUAUCAUACUGGUGACUCUCAAACAGCGACCUGUGCCGAAACACAGAAGCUGGGAGAUGUCACAGCCUUUACUGCAAGAGGACCUUCAUCUGUAGCCGAAGGAACAAAAUGGAUGGCGGAUAUAAAAGAAGAGGAGGUAUUGCUCCCCAAGGUACUGCACUGUCCAGAAGCAACUCCUCCCUUACACUAUUAAAUGCAGUUGAGCUGCUCUUUUUAUUGAUCGGAGAUGAAAGGAGUCUAAUCAAGCCUCCUAAUCAUGUGUAGCGAUACGUAAUUAUCACGUGUAAGGAAAGAUUUGUAGGGUUUGCUUCUGGUGCAGGCUUAAUCAAAAUAAUAAACCUUAACAAGGGUUUUUUUAGUGGCUUUGCUUUGAUUGUGAAUUUUGCCUCAUCAUUUCAGCAUUUACAUUGUCACUUAAGAAAUGGAGAUUCUAUCCUGUGAUUGUGACAAGUAUAAACUGGUGGCCAAAACUACGACUUAUCAAGGUGUCAGUAUGCUCCAAAAAAAUCCUUGUUGACCCUUUUGUAGAGGUCCAUGUGCAGUAAAAUUUUUCCUAUAUGUGGUUACCCCACAACAGCGAGUGUCAGAUCUUUUUAUGGCUGUUUGGACAGCUUCAUAGCAAGCUGAAUGAUGGUCUGACGUGUUGUGCUGAACAAAUUUGUUUUUCCAAGAGGCGCUUUUAUGGAUAUAAAGAUUCUCUUGAAACUUAAGUAUUAUUUAUUAUUAUAAAUUGCUUUUUGCUGAAUUUAUAUAUUAAUGCUGGACCUGAGCGAUGGGGUGAAAAAACGGAGAGUGAACAAAAGAAAAAAGGAGAGUAAAAAGUGGAGAGACCGCACUUUUCGACCUCAUUCCUUAGGUGCCCAUGCUCUGAGCCGAUUGGAUUUGAAAAUAAAAAGAUUUUUUCCACUAAACAAAUAGGUUGAACUUUCACUUAUUUCACUUUAACCAUCCUCUUAAAUCAGUUCCUGAAAAGAUUUUAGGUGACAAGGGAGCUCAUGAUGUUAUUUUCAUCUCAUGUUUUCACUCUAUCAUCCGCUACAAAGAGCAAAUAAGCUCUUCUAGCUGUACUGCAUGCUUUGCAUCUGCACAUGCAUCAAAUGCAAAUCACAGUUUUGAUCAUAAUAUAUCAGUUUAAUGGAUUGAUUGUUUGGCAGCCUUAAAAAUUUCACCCAUAAAUUUUUUUUUAAUUUGAUAUGACUUUAUUCAGUGGCAAGUGAUUGUUAUUAGACAAUAUUUCAUUCUGAUUCAGCACAGUCAACUUCUUUUUGUAUCAAAUGACAAAAAGCAGCUGAAAUAUCAUUGCACAGUUUUAUUCCUGGGCUACUGACUUACUCCACUAAUGUUCAUCUGCUGUCAGUGUUUGAUUUCCGGAGAACAUGAUCGAAAGUUAACAAAGGCUGUUUUGGGGCAUACCGACACCUUCGCACCCUGACGGCAGCAGUCAGUUUGAUUUAAUCGACAUUUUCAAAUCUAUGCAAAACAGAUUUGUGUGUCACGAAAUCAAGAAGGACCAAAGUCGUGUUAGAAUUUCCCACCACUUGUUCUUCUUGUGGUCUGAGCACCGAAUAAGAUGUUACUUUAAUCUAUAAAUGCUGUGAUUAUUCUGAAGCAUUCAAUCGCCUCUUGAAGUUUCAGGAAAACGGCCGCUGUUACUGUUACUUUUGAAUGUUAACCUGAAAGAAGAUCUUCGAUUAUAAGAUUCACUCGAUGUCAGGCUACUUCUUGUGUGUGUAGUUCAUUUCAUGAGCUAAAUCACAUCACUACCUUGCUCUUCAUUAGUCUGCUACCAUUUGCCUUUAAACUUAACAGAAAACACAUCUUGAAAGACUCCAUUUGUUCGUGUGUCAGUCUGUUUAUGUAGCCUUUUUUCUGUAUAGAUGACUGCUCACUGCCCUACUAUUCAUGUGUUGACUGUCAUAACCAUUGCCAUAUUGUUGGUGAAAUGUGAAGUGCAAUUGCUAUUGGUCAGUAUAUUGUCUUAGAGAUUUUAGGUUUUAUCGUUGUUUGGUUGAGAAGAUUUUUUUAAUGGCACGACUUGCAAGAACUGAUCCCCUAAUUUGCACUACAGGACUGAAAUGGUGGCGGACGAAGGGGCAGUCGUUGGAUAGUUAUAGAACAUGUAGCUUCUAAUUUGCACUCCAUUAUUUUUAGUUGCUAUUUGAAAUAACUAAAAGAAAUAGAGGUUGGUGCCUCUUGCUUAUAAGCUUUUUUUUUUUUAAUUAGUAUAAUUAUAGAAUGAAAUAGAAGAUGUUAAAUCCAAAUGAAUUAAUUUUUUCAGCACCUUAUUGACUAAAAAAGAAAGAAUUGGUUUAAUUUUCUCUGUUUUGCUUUUUUGAUGCAUUAAGUGAAACUCAUGGCCAAAAAUGAAAUGACAGACAUCACUGUGAAAUAUACUUUUUAAGAGAUUGAAAUUCAUAAAUUCAAAAGGUUUAUAAAGAAAUUGCUAAUUUUCUGAUCAUUUUAAAUGUUUUAGUAAAAAAAAAUGUGUUGUCUGAUAAUUUCCCCAGACUUGGUAAAUAAAAUAUAUCCAGACUAUAUUUCAAUAUCAUUCUUUUAAAAUAGUUUGAAAAGAAUAAAUAUCAGUUUUAUUAUAAUUGCCUUGGAUUUGAAAUGUGGAUGUUUAAUAUGACUGACAAAUUCACUAUAUUUGCCAUGUUGGUGCAAUUAAAGAGUCUUCUGAAAAUAAAGGGACUUAUA